UAUUAUGUUUUAUUUUGUUUUUUUUACAUUAUAUAAACGUUGUUAUGGCCCUCUAAAAGUUUUAUUUUUUCCAGAUGUCAUAGGUAUCUUGACUGGCUCCUCUAGUGAGCAGGAGUUUGAGAAGCAUGGUAAAGUGCAAAAGAGGAUCACACUAGAAAUUGAACAGGAAGGGUAUGUGUAAAUCUGUACCCUAAUUUUGAUUCAAUUAUCUUAUGUGGUGUUUAUUGAUUUGGUUUUUUCUCUUUUGCUUAGAGUUCGUGUCGAGGCAGUUUUUUUUUGGAAAAUAUGUGGAUGAAAUUGUUGGGCAAUUGGCUUCUGGGGAUAUGACGAACGCUGUAGUUGUUGUCCAAUUUGCGAAGAUAAAACCUUUUAAAGGUUUUUUUUUUGUUUUUCGUUUGUUUGUUCUUUUGUAAAUCAUUCUCCUUAAUUAAAUUCGUAUGGCGUCCUUAGAUUCUAACUUCCUUUUUUUUGUAAUUCACAGGGAGGCCUAGCAUUCAAAACAUGUAUGGGGCAACCCAAAUUCUUUUUAAUCCUGCUAUUGAUGAAGCUGGUCCAAUUCGAGAAAUGUUUUUUAAGGCUAAUGGCCCUGCUGCUAAGGUCAUUUGCCAGCUUCAGGAUUCGGCAAAACUAUCUCCAGCAGAGGAUUUUCUAAAACAAAAUGAAGGGAAAACCAUUGAGCAGAUUAAAGAUUUGGCUGAGAAAUCUGUUUGUGUUGUGUUUGCCACUGUUAAAUUCAUUCCUGAUGACAACAGUUGGUAUUACCCUGCUUGCAAGUGUAACAAAAAGGUGUACCCAGCUGAGGACAUGUACUUUUGUGAAGCCUGUGUUCGCCAUGUUGUUACUGCAAUUCCUAAAUACAAAAUUCGUUUUAGGGUUAUGGAUGCUAAAGAUUCGACAACCUUUGUUUUAUUUGAUCAAGAGGCCAACAACCUUCUUAAUAAGCCAUGUUCAGAAUUGGUUGAAAAAUGCCAUAAGGUUAUUUCAGAUAUACCUAAAUCCUCUACUUUUCAAUUAAAUUUGUACUAUUUUUUCUCUAACUAA